GCGCACUGCCCAGCCGCGCUGCUGUCUCCGCCGUGCGCCCGUCGUGCCGUCGGAGCUGGGCUCGCAGCCUUUCCCUGGCCUGCCGCCGCCUCCAGCGUGCCACAUCCGGCCGUCGUCGGUCCGCGGCUCGCGAGCGCGGGACAGAAGAGGACCGGGGCAGGCGCCGUCCACAGCUAGUGCGGGGCGAGGCCCGGGGACGCCGGGGUGGCGGCCACGAUGGUGGCCACGUGCCUGCAGGUAGUGGGCUUCGUCACGAGCUUCGUGGGUUGGAUCGGCAUCAUCGUCACCACGUCCACUAAUGACUGGGUGGUGACCUGCGGCUACACCAUCCCCACCUGCCGCAAGCUGGACGAACUGGGCUCCAAGGGGCUGUGGGCUGACUGCGUCAUGGCCACGGGGCUGUACCACUGCAAGCCCCUGGUGGACAUCCUCAUCUUGCCGGGCUAUGUCCAGGCCUGCCGAGCCCUGAUGAUCGCAGCCUCGGUCCUGGGGCUGCCCGCCAUUCUCCUGCUGCUGACGGUUCUCCCCUGCAUUCGAAUGGGCCAAGAGCCUGGUGUGGCCAAGUACAGGCGGGCCCAGCUGGCUGGCGUUCUGCUCAUUCUGCUGGCUCUCUGUGCCAUCGUCGCGACCAUCUGGUUCCCCGUGUGCGCCCACCGCGAGACCACCAUCGUGAGCUUUGGCUACUCCCUGUACGCGGGCUGGAUCGGCGCCGUGCUGUGCCUCGUGGGCGGCUGUGUCAUCAUCUGCUGUGCUGGAGACGCCCAGUCGUUUGGUGAAAACCGUUUCUACUACUCUUCGGGCUCCAGCUCCCCCACUCAUGCCAAGAGUGCCCACGUAUAAGAGGGCUGCUAAGGCUGCCCACCGAGGUGCUGCAGAUGCUGGGCCCGCGGCCCUGGGUGUGCUUGCCACAGGCGGGGGAAGCCCACUCCGCUGCCAGGCUCCAAAGCCAAAGUUCUAGAAAAGCAUCCUGUCUGGCCUUUUUUAGUCUUAAUACUCCUCUCCCCAUUUGUUGCCUUAAAAGAAAUCUUUAGCUCAGAAAAUGCCCACACACUUUUCUCCUGGUUUUGCCUGUUGUUAGCUCUUUUCUUGGGCGUUCCUUUGUUGUUCACCAGUAUGUACAUGUAUGUGUAUGUAUAUGUAUAUAUUUUCUUCUCUCUCUUUAAAUUUUAAAUAUCUUGCAAACAUUGCUGAGUUGGGUGUGGGGAGAGAAAUAAAAGACACUUUUCAAACUGUUACAGAUGACAAUGGGAGCCUCAUAAAGAUGCCUCUCUGUUCGCUCCCUCCUCUUCGGCUCCAAGGUCAUUUAGUUAUAAGCGAUAGAAAAAAUAGAACUGGGGACAUGGGGGUGGGGAGGGAGGGGAUUGUGGAACUUUCCCUCCAUGGGAAACUUUCCCUUUUGUAUGUCGAGGGCAAGGGGUGGGGGUAUUUUUUAGUUUGUGAUUUUACAUUUAUCUGUACAUACUUUUUCAAGACGGAUCAUUUUUAUAACCAUGGUUUUCCUGAAAUUCUCAAUUCAUCAGUAUGAAGGAAAUGAACCAAAUAGGCUUUAAUGAUAUGAUAAAUAACAGCCCAAGUUAAUAUAACUCUAACUGACAUGCCACAAAAUAUUUUUGAUUUCCAGGGUUGUAUGCUGUAGUUUUUAAUCCUACACAUGCAGAUGCUUCAAGUUAACACAUUUUUAAAGCUUUUUCCCCGUUCUCUAUUUUCAUUUUGUUAGCCAUCUUGAAGUGGUGUUGUUUAACAUAAAUCAUGCUGUUGAAUUUGGCUUUACGGGUGUAAACACUGACGGUGUAUCAGUAUCUGAGACCCCAAACUCUCCAAACAUUGAUGGUGCAUUUUGUUCUUUCAGUGAAACCCGUGCAAUAAAAUAACAGACUGUGUACAAAGUGGCCUCGAUAUUCUGUCGUGUCCAGGGGUGCCAUCUAUUUCUUGUCACCGAUCUCAGUCUCUACUAGUAAUUUCUAGGGAACGUGGUCGUGACCCAGGAACAAGGCAUUCUGCACUGCCCUGAAUAAUGAAAACGUUCUGUCUUGUUCACUGUACCACGGUGGUCCUGUGUGGUCAUAAAAGCGAAACCUUGGUGCUCUGUAGGUUUCCUCAGUGGACUGACGUCACAGCAAAUUUGAGUCAUACAUAAAUGGGCAGCAAUCAGAAACCAAGUCCCUAGCAUUACACAGAUAAAUGCCUUCAUCUGCUUUGAACACCCAGGAAAGAAACUGGGUAGGUAUAAGGGGAAGUAUAAAACAAACCCCCUAUAUUGGAUAUUUUGGUGAUAAUAUCAAAAUGCAGUUUCCUUAAAUAAGCACAUCGGUGUUUGGAAAUUUUGGACAAAGAUCGAGUUGAUUCUUGUUUGUUUUCUGUUCCAGAAACUGUCAAGUUAUGAAUCUGCUCUAAAAAACACAGAUUAUGAUCUACUUUGGCAGUGUUUUUCCAAAAAUAUUAAUUUUGUUAGCUGAUAAUAUAAUAGGCAAACAUUUCCUCUUUGGAAAUAUCCAUUUGGGCUAGCCAUUUUGGUAGAUAUUUGUGUACAUUAGGAGAUUAUAACAAUUUCUAAAUUACCUAUGCAGAAGAGACAGUCUUCAUGUUGUCCAAACUGUUUGCUUCGUUGUGAUGAGGUUUUAUGAGGAUACAAGUCAUGUAAUUGUAUUAGAAGACUUUCUCUCAUAAAAACUUGUCAGGGUGUACUGACUGUGAGCUUGAAUGGAGCCAGAGACAUCCAGGGGGUAUGGACAAGUGAGGCCCCACAUACCGUCUCCUUAGCACUGCUGGUUUGAGUCACAGUGUUUCAGGUGGUUCUCCUCUUCUUGUGGAUGGAUGCACUCACUCAGCUGCUGCUUGCUGUCUCACCUGAGGGUGUGCGUUACAUGAGCCCACUUUUCCCUGCAGCAAGAGAAGAAACACCCCAAAUCUCUCCUAGCUGAUCGUUGCCUGCCUAGUUAGGAAAUCCCAUUUUGUAGGUCAUGACUAUAGGAUUGGAUUUUAUUAUCAGUGCUAGGGAGGGAGGGGUAGCUGUUCCUCCAGGACAGCACUCACUGUCCAGUAGAAAUAUAGCCACAUACGUAAUUUAGGAUUUUCUAGAAACGACGUUAAAAAGCUAACAAUGAGCAAGUGAAAUUAAUUUUAAUGUAUUCUAUUUAAUCCAAUAUACCCAGAAUAUUGUCAUUUCAAUAUGUAAUCAACUACUAAUGGGAUAUUUUAUGUCCUUCUUUUUGUAUUCCCUCUUUUGGAUUCCAGUGUGUAUUUUCCACUUACAGCACGUCUCCAUUUGUACUAGUCAUACCUUCAGGGCUCAGGGACACGUGGGCUGGUGGCUGUUGGAUUGGACAGCACAGCUAUAGAACAACAGGUUCAGUCCCAGCAGUCAUCAAGAGGGAUUCACUCUUGAUGAUUUUGUCUGCGCUCAGUAGAGUUCCAUUGGAACCUGGCAAUAUAGUGACGGUGAUUGCCGCCUGGGGGAAGACCGUGACCCCCUCCCCCAUCACAGGUAAGAUAGCGGACCCAAAGUGCUGUACCUGAGUAACAGGGAAAAGGGGAUUCAAGCUCUCCGGACCUGUUUGCGUCAGGGACUUCAUGCUUUUAAUCCUGCCUGUAGUCCUCAGUGUACAGAGAGGACAACGGGGUGUGCAGAGUACAGGUUAUUCAUCAGGCUUGGACGGCCACUAGAGAGACGUAAGAUCGGGUUUAAGUCUAUCUAAAUCUGAAGCCCUCGUACUCUCAUAUAGAAAUCACUGCUAGGAAGUCAGGUAAAAUGCAGAUUCAUUCUCCUCACCCCCAGAGACCCCUCAGUCAUUCUGGGCUGGUACCCAGGAAUCGGUCUUUUAAUUGCACACCCGUUGAUUCUGAUGAGACGGUCCUCAUGCUAUACUUUGAGCCACAGUGAAGGGAAAGGCCUCUUUCUCAUGCCUUUCGGUCACACAGCUGACCACCCCCCAUCCCGCUUUGAUGGUUCUUGGAGGAGAGAUGACUUUGAGAGUACGUCCAGCUUUGUCCCUUUUUGGCCUUUUCUGAAGAGACCACAUGCAGGGGAUCUUUGGGUUGAAACGAACAGGUUCUGUUCAUGCUUUCCAAGAAUUUGAUAGCAACCAAAUAAGGAAAGAAUGUUUCAAGGAAUGUCUGCAUCUAGGGACGCUGGUUACAACAACAGCAACAAAAGAGAGAAGAUUGUGUACUUAAGGAAUACAAGUUACAUAUUUGUGCUGAAUUGGUGGUUUGGAAUAACAAUAGAACAAGGUUUGGUUGUAUCUUGCCCUGCGUGUGUGUUUUUUUUUAAAUUUCCAAUCUGCCCGUCAGUGUUUUUCUAUACAAUGUACACAAUGUGAAUUGCAACAUCUUAAAUGUUUGGCAGGACAUUCAUGCUCAUGACAUCACAUGCUGGGAGGACAGGGAGGCCACUGUCGGGCUGGCCUUGGGGAGAGGCCGCAUCAGUGCUGCCAUUGAGAUGUGCCCACAAAAGAGUGUGUGACAGCCAGAUGUGCGGCUUAAUGGAGACUGACCCAGAAUUGUGGGGGGAACAUUGGCACAUGCUGCUUAAUGGCUUGAAUAGCAGCUCUUGAGGAAUCUAGGUUUCUCUCCCUCACGCAGAGUCUCAGAGCUCAGGCUUUGUGGCCCUGUGGCCGGGGGAGGGAAUGGAGAUGGAGGGACUUGUCACUGCUCCAUGCCCCAUUGUUGAAAUAAAAAACGUGGAAAUGUUAAGCCAUUUCUCAAGGAUUUGGAAUUUUGGAAGGUAAGAAUUGCUUACGUGCUACAUCAGAAUUAACUCCAAAUGGUAAAGGGCACCCAGUUGUCAUGGCCUGGGGCUUUCUUGAUUAAAAACAGGUGUUUUUUUUUUUUUUUUCCUCUUGUGUUGAGUUACAUAGAGCUUUGCUUUUCCAACUAUAAUGUGCAUACAGAUCACAGGUGUGAGAAGUCUUGUUAAAAUGCAGAUUCGGAGCCAGCAGGUCUGGGGUGGGGCCUGGGAUUCUGCAUUUCUAACGAGCUCUCAGGAGAUGCUGAUGCUGUUGGGGAAGACAGAGCUGGAGUGAUAUGUACUCAUCAAAGA